AUGGAGCAACCAAAAGUUUCUGACAAUGUUCGGUUUUUACAACUGAACAAAGGCAAAUGUGUUUUCCAUGCUUUAACAGAUGACACUGGUGUUUACCUGGCACUUUAUGUGGAUGAUGGCUUGCUUGGCUAUAAUGAGUACGGUGGCAAAAAAGUAGAGGAUCCGUCUGAGCUUGUGAGUGUCAGAAAUAGGAUCGAGGAGAAAUUACUAGAAUUAGUUGAUAUUGAUGAAGCAAGGAAAAACGAUUUAAGACAAAUACUAGUCAAACAUGCCGAGGUUUUCUCAGAUCAACCAGGGCUACCGAACUUCACUCCUUUUGAUGUUGGAACCAAGUUGCACAGUAGACAUUCCUCUGCAAACCAACAUGAAGUAAAGGAGAUGGAAAGGAAACCUUAUCGGCAGGCAGUCAGCAGCUUAAUGUUUUCAGCAACUGUCUCAUGGCCAGACAUCAUGUUCGCUGUGAGCAUGGUGAGCAGGAUUUUACAUAAGGCAGUCUCGAUCAUUGGCAUGCUGUUAAAAGGAUUAUGA